GUUAUUCACACUUUUGGCUGCAGCUUCGCUGGCAUCUGUAGUUCCGUACGAUAACUGUCUAGUUAAAUGUUGAAGUGGGUCAACGACGGACCACUUUGAUUACCCCCGUCUACUGCGAAGUUCUUCUCUUCUCGGGAUUUGGCUGGGAAGUGCUUGUUCGAGGGCUAAUGGCGCUUGGGCACUCACCUCUGGACCAUCAUUACCAGGCAAAGAAUGGAGGCAAAGGCAGUGGAGUGUCUUCUUCCUCGUGGGAAAGGAAGGCUUCGUCUCAAGGUAGCAGUCAUAGCUUAGCUCCAUUGACUCCAGGAAGGUCUCAACCAAGAUCAGUUGCUCGGGGCAAUGAAAGUCCUGAUCACAGUGCUGCUGUUCCAAAAUUUGGUGAGUGGGAUGACAGCAACCCUGUGCCAACUGUAGGUUACACUGCGAUUUUUGACAUGAUGCAACAGGAGAAGCAAGUUGAGGCUGGAAAGGUACCAGUUGGGGCAAGUGAAAACUCUCAUUCAAAUGGCUACAAGCAACCUGAUAAUAAAAAUUCCAAGAGCCGUUGCUGCUUUCCAUGGGCGAGCAAAUGAUAUCUAUUAUAUGUGGAGAGGAGUAGAAAGCGUUUGUGGUGUAAACUUGUAUUGCUUGGGUGGUCUUUUAGUAUAGAGUAGCGUUUUAUUAAGUGCAUUCUUUCAGUUGUUUCUGAAAGUUACCUGAAAAAAGAAGAGAAAUUCAAGUGAAAGAGAAGUGUUAUUCACCAUCCUUUUAAUCAUUAUUUUUUCAUCACCCCCUGAUGUUACAUUAAAUGAUUGAAAAACUAUUUGUUAUCUUUUACUUAAAUGCCAAUCAUUUGAUGCCACAUUAGGGGAUGACAGAAGAAUAAUGGUUAAAAGGAUGAUGAAUUCAUUUUUUUUAAGCGAUAAUUUCACAUUGCCCAGGAAAAAGAAAAGGUAUGGGCGGGGAAACAUCACUCUUCAUAUUUCUGGCUUCCACCUUAAAUCCUAUGUUGUAUUAUGUUCACUUUAUCAUAUAUUAGGCCUACUUGGUGCUUAAAUUGCCGCCAUGUUGAUGUCUAAUUGUUCUUCAAAUGAAUAUGUGAUCUCUAGUUCAAUAGUUA